CUUCAUGUUGAACGUCGAAAGAUUUCACUUUUCUUGUUUUUCUGUGAUUUUUAGCUUAUUUAAUGCAUGAAUAUUCCCCACAAUGAAUUGUAGUAUCAAAGAGGUGAAUCGCCUUCUGCGCAGUGGGAUCGUCAACCCUAAAGAGAUCUGCCAAAAAUGUCUCCGGCGUGCCAAGGCAUUGAAAGAGCUCAACAUGUUCAUCACAGAAACCCCAGAGAUGGCUCAGCAACAGGCUGAAAUGUCCAGUGAGAGGCAGAGAGGUGGAACUGUGAAAUCUUUGGGUGAUCUUGAUGGUAUUCCGAUAGCCGUCAAAGAUAACUUCAGUACUAAGGGUGUCCGAACAACUUGCGCAUCCAGGAUGCUGAAAGAUUACAUCCCACCUUACACAGCGCGAGUGGUUCAGAAAAUGACCGUUGAGGGUGCUGUCAUGAUGGGGAAGACAAAUAUGGAUGAAUUUGCUAUGGGGUCUGGGUCCACAGACUCGAUAUAUGGUCCGGUGAGAAAUCCAUGGAAGUAUGAUUUCUCAAGGGUAAAAGUUGAACCAAAAGAAGAAGACGGACAAGUUAGCAAAUCGAAAAAGAAGAAGAUGAAGAAAGCUAAACCAGUAAUACAAGUAGCAGAAGAUGACGAGGAUUGGUACAUAGCUGGAGGCAGCUCUGGUGGUAGCGCAGUUACCGUAGCAACUGGGGUAGCUUUUGCUGCACUAGGAUCAGACACUGGUGGUUCAUCACGGAUACCAGCAUCUUUUUGUGGAGUGGUAGGACUGAAACCUACCUAUGGCCUUCUCUCCCGGUAUGGCCUCAUCCCUCUGGUAAACUCGUUGGAUGUUCCGGGCAUCUUUACCCGGUAUGUCGAUGAUGCAGCUACUGUGCUAAAUGUGUUGGCCGGACAUGACGUUUCUGAUUCAACAACUGUGAGAGAUGUUUUCAAAAAGUUUUCAUUGCCAGAUGAAAUUUCAAUAAAAGGAUUACACAUAGGUAUACCUCAGGAAUAUCAUGGCCCAGGUUUAGAGACCGAGGUGUUAGAUGCUUGGACGAAAGCUGCUGAUGUUUUUGAAAAAGCUGGUGCGAAGGUGUCACGAGUCAGCAUGCCCCAUACCCAGUACUCUAUCGUGUGCUACAGUGUUUUAGGUCCAGUCGAAGUGGCAUCAAAUAUGGCAAGAUAUGAUGGCAUUGAAUAUGGUCACAGAACAGAUGUGACGGAUUCUAUAGAUGAGCUGUAUUCAUCAAGUCGACAUGAAGGUUUUAAUGAGGUUGUUAGGGGAAGGAUUCUGGCUGGAAAUUACUUCUUAUUAAAAAAGAAUUAUGAUAAAUUUUUUAUCAAGGCCCAAAAAGUUCGCCGCCUCAUUUCACAAGACUUUGUGAAUGUGUACAAGAGCGGUGUUGAUGUGCUCCUCACACCUACGACAAUAGUGGCACCACCAAAAUAUAAAGAUUUCAUGCAAGAUGACAACAGAACGCGUUCAGCACAAUAUGAUGUAUGUGUGCAACCAGUCAAUAUGGCGGGUUUACCAGCUGUUACAGUACCAUCCUACCUCUCUUCAAAUGGCCUCCCAAUCGGUCUUCAGUUUAUCGGACAAGCAUUCAAAGAGAAGGAACUCCUUACUGUCGCUAAAUGGUUUGAACAGAAAGUCAACUUUCCACAUCUUAAUUUGGAUGGUGUGAUAUGAAAACCAGCACCAUUUGAACGUUGAGUUGUUGUGAGAUGUGCUUAUUUUAAAAGUCACAUGUACACACAUGUUGAGGACCGUCCAAAGAACUAAAAGAAAAGUGUUGCUGUUGUGUCUUGGUUCAGGAUUUACAUCUGUAGGCUCUGGAUGACUCUGACUGCUGAAUGACUUGGGACAAUACCUUGUAAAUUGCGCCAGUGAAGCUGCUGCAUGUGGAACUCCCGGUGCUAGUGAUCGGGCCUGAUAAUAGUUUUUAUUUGUAUUACCCUGAUGUGUUCGCGAGCGACGAUGAACUCUACAUUUAGUCAUUAAUCAGUACAGUGGAUAUAUCCAAAGAGCUUCAAAAUUAAAACCCAUUUGUAACUUU